CCUCACAUACGUCAGUGAGAGAAGGGGUCAGGGGCGCAGGGCGCUCACCUCGGCGGCUUGCAGGAUCAGGUGUGCAGCGUCCGGAUCCGGCGGCCCGCACGUUACUCCACGGCACACCCACAGCCAGCGACGCUAACACGUAGCCCCGAGAAGGCACAAUACGGGGCAUCUCCAAGCCAACCGAAGCAGAGGCAGCGGCCGGCGGAAUCAGCCCGCCAAUGGCAGCUGUGCGGCGGCCGGCAGCGGCGGGGAAGCCCAGGAGCGGUGGCGCGGCGAGGAAGAGCGCGUGGCUGGCGGCGGACGGGAGCAAGCGGUGGGGGGAAGCGUUCUUCCUGCUCUACACGCCCUUCUGGCUCACGCUCUGCCUCGUUGUCGUCGUCCCGUUCAAGCUCUACGAGAGGUUCACGGAGCUGGAGUACUUAAUUCUUGGAUUGGUGUCCACCGUGCCGGCGUUCGUGAUCCCUCUCUUCCUAGUAGGGAAGACAGAUAGUGUUAGAAGUUUGAAAGAUCGAUACUGGGUCAAGGCUAAUAUUUGGAUUAUAAUUUUUAGUUAUGUUGGUAACUACUUCUGGACACAUUACUUCUUCACAGUUCUUGGCGCGUCAUAUACUUUUCCAUCAUGGAGGAUGAAUAAUGUACCCCAUGUGACGUUUCUUCUGACUCAUGUUUGUUUCCUAUUCUAUCAUAUGACAUCCAAUAUGACACUUCGUAGAUUACAUCACUCUACAGCUCACUUACCACAGUCUGUUCGGUGGUCAUUUGAAGCCGCAUGGGUUUUAGCGCUGUCAUACUUCAUAGCGUACCUGGAGACCCUAGCCAUUGCAAAUUUCCCAUACUAUGAAUUCAUCGAUCGGGAUAUAAUGUACAAAGUAGGAUCAUUGUUUUAUGCAAUAUACUUCAUCGUCAGCUUCCCAAUGUUUUCAAGGAUCGAUGAAAAAGAUGAGAAGUGGAACCUAUCAAGGGUAGCUGUUAAUGCUUUGGGUGCAGCAAUGCUUGUUACAAUAAUACUCGACUUAUGGCGCAUAUUUUUGGGGCCAAUAGUACCCAUCCCUGAGACAAGACGAUGUGGUCAGCCAGGGCUCGCAUGGUUCCAGGUGCAGAAGGAAAGCAUCUAAUUCAGCGAUGCUGCAAAAUUUUCUCCCCACGUGUAUCUCAGACCGUCCUCUAGCAUUCAUCAAGACUAUGUCCAAUCCAACUGCUUUUGUUAGAUGUUGGAAACAACAGAGCGAUCAUUGUUGUAUUGUGAAGAUGUGCUUUUUGUUGCCAGAUUGUAUUACUAAUUUAGCAUGGUCUUCGAACCCUUGUACGGGUAUUCAUGAGCAACAGGUACUUGAAAAAGGCUAGUAAUAAAGUUUCCCAGAAGGUGAUGUCA